CUCACGCCUCUCAGGCUCACGCUCUCUCUCUCUCCCCCUCUCUCUCUCUCUCUCUUUUGGCGGCCAAUCUCUCUCUCUCCGGCGACCCCUCUCUCCGGCGACCCCUCUCUCCGGCGACCUCUCCUUCUCGCUCAAGUAAGAUUGUGUUGUAAGUUUUCUGUUUUGUUGAAUCGUUUACAUAUGAAAUCCAAUCUCUCUUUCAGGUUCUCUCUCUCACUCCGGCGACCUCAGCUCCGGCGACCUUAGCUCCGGCGACCUCUCUCUCUAACUCAAGUAAGAGUCUCUGAGAUCUAAAUGUUGUGGGUUUCUGUUUUGUUUGGAAUAGUUUUAUCACCUCACCAUAUAUGAAUCUCUCUCUCUCAGGUCUCUCUCAGGUUCUCUCUCUCACUCCGGCGACCUCAGCUCCGGGGACCUUAGCUCCGGCGACCUCUCUCUCUAACUAAAGUAAGAGUCUUUGAGAUUUAAAUGUUGUGGGUUCUUCGCCUGACACCAAUAUCUCUUCAUGGGCGAUUACGUUGGUCAGAGUCUCUACUUCGUCUACUGGUUGAUUGUAUAUGCUUUUCUAAUGCGUGGAUUUGAUUUAUUUUUCCCCUGACUUUUGAUUUUGGCUCUUAUUGUUGACUUUAUGGUCAUGUUUUAGAUUAUUGUAGCUUUACUCAUUUGAGAUUGUUUUGUGCUGCUGAUAUGAUUCGGGGUUAUUUGCUCAACUAGAAGAGAUCAUGGCCAUUGUGUCAGAGGUCCCGGGUUCGAUAAAUAUGGUUCGGUAGAGCACUAAUUAGUUGGAAACGUAUUCAGUUUAGUCACUCUUAUUGUCUAAUCCCAAAAGGUUAUAAGAUUGUUGAUUUUGGUAGACUUUCUGCUACAUUGCAUUUUACUUUUAAAAGAUCUUUGCCAUUGAGAAAAGUCAUUCUUUUAGUAAUUGGUUGUAUAGAUGAAGACAAGCGACUAGUCUUUGUACUGAGAGUUGUGUGUGUAUUAUUAUGCCUCAUUUUUUGCUGGUUAUAUUAUCUCAUAAUUGUGUUGAAUUUUGUGAAGAUCGAGGGUAUUAUUCUGUGGAGACAGUCUCGCUCUUGGUAGCACUCAAAGUUCGCUAUAGAGAUAGGCUUACCAUCCUUAGAGGGAAUCAACAAGAAGCUUUCUCAUUCUAUUAAACAAUGACAUCCAUCCCUGGAUCUGAUGUGAGUAUAUUCCACUCUAAUCUUUUAUUUGAUCUCAGUUUUGUCAAGUGCUUUUCUUAUUGUCUUGAAUCUUCAAAUAAGAAUCUUAUAUGGAGUGACGAGCAAACACGGUUCUUUCUUCAACUAAGACUUGACGAGAGUCUGAAAGGAAACAUAAGAAAGCAGAUGGUUAAUGAGGCUGAGAGACAGGUGAUCAUGGAUAAGUUCUAUGAGGCAUUUGGUAUAAAAAUUCCAUGGAGAAAAUUUGGUAUAAAGUACAAUACUUGCAAGAAGCAGUACGACUCUUUUAAGAAGUUGACUCGGAACAGAACGGGACUUGGUUUUACUUCAACUGGAUCCAUCAACAUGAGUGAGGACUGGUGGAAUGAGCGAUGCAAGGAGUGGCCUGGUGCUAGAAAAUUUAAAGACAAGCCGGUAGCAAACAUGGAUUUGAUGGAGAAGGUAUUUGGGACAGUUUAUAUUAGUGGAGGUGAAGGUUGGUCUGCUCAGCAAGGUGAAGAUGUUUUAGACACAAAGUACACAGAUCAUGAUGAUGAAGAUGAUGCUGAAUCAAGGCGUGAUGUCCCUACUCAAGAAGCUGUUGGAGAUGAAUCAAGGCGUGGUGUCCCUACUCAAGAAACUGAUGUCGCAUCUGAAUCAAGGAAUGUUGGCCCCUCUUCUUCUAGGUCAAAGGUUAAUAAAAAAAGAUCAAGGGCUGUACAAGCAGGACAAGCUGUGGCUGAUGUGAUUAGGGAGAGUGUUGAGUCUCGAGACAAGAUUCUUUCCCACAAGAAUCAUCUAAUAGAGAAUCAUCCCGAGUUUAGUUGUAGUCAACUUCGAGCCAUGGAGGUUCUUCACUCUUUGUCUGCUGUAAGGAUGUGGUCUCCUCUCUACAAAGCUUCAAUUAACCACCUCAAAGAAGAUGCUGCGAAUCGUCAGAUCUUAAGUUCUUUGUCAAAGAAGGGCUUUAGCUGA